AUGCAUAAGAUAUUUCUAUAUGAUUUUAUUAUUAUAGGUAAAUCAAUAGUUGAACAAUUUCGUUCAAGUUUAUCAAAUACAAAUAAUGAUAUUCAUGCCAAACUUAUGUCCCAUUAUCCAGAAAUUGCGGAUUGGUGUUGGUUGUUAUGGAAAGCAUUUCCAAAUAUUAAAUGGUUAGCAUUAAUUAAUUUUCCGAUUUUGUUAAUGGCUACAAUAAAUAUGCCACCUGCUCCGGCUGGAGAAUUUCCAUCAUGGUUUUUGGUUGGAUUUAUUUUUAAUUUUAUUUUAUAUCGUUACGCACAUAAUUGGUGGGAAAAAUAUGCAUAUAUAUUUUCAAUUGCAAUGAGUUGUGGUGUAGCUAUAUGUGGUUUUAUUAUAUUUUUUGCACUUCAACUUAAUCAUACUUCUUUUCCUCAAUGGUGGGGUUUAGGAGGAUUAAAUGGAGAUGGAUGUCCUCUAGAUUCUGCAAAUUUUUCAGGUGUUAUUCCGACUGAUAGAUAUAUCUAA